AUGACUUCCUCGUUCAACCCACUCCUCCCACCACAUAUUGUUCCUCCCAGCGAGCCAGAUCAGCGAGGGACUCCGAUCCCGUUUCCUCGCAAGAAUGGAUCUUUUACCCCCGUCAUCCGGGACGCCAUGUCCCUGACCAGCUGGCUCCUCCUAGGCGCCGUAAUUCAAGGCCUGGCAUGUCUACUCUUCGGCUCUCGCGCAACCAUUCCCGCCCUUCUCAUCCUCAUCUACCGAGUCACCGACCAUCUCCUCAUGACCCUCAACAUCACCCGCAACCGCUACCUCGACCAUGUCCUCUUUGCCAAAGCAAGUCCUCAAAUCCCCCCCCCAAACGGCACAUUCGGCACCGAGCCGUCCCGCGACAAGAUCGUAGUCUUCCACCUCGGCGUCCGCAGCCACCACCCGCUCGGCUUUCUCGCCCCAGGCAUGAAGGGAAUCGCCGACGAGUUCACGGCCAUGGUGAGCGAGAUGCAGGCGGACCCGGAGAAAGUGGGCCUUUUGGGAAUGUCCCAGUUCUUGAAGCAGGAGAGUGUUGCCGGGAAUGAGAUCCUGACGAUCUUCUACCUGCGCGAUUACGAGUCUUUGCACCGGUUUGCGUAUGGGAAGUCGCAUAUGAAGGGGGUGCGGUACUUUGCCGAUAUCACCAAGAAGUGUCCGCAUAUUGGGAUCUUUCAUGAGACAUUUGUGGUGCCCAAGGGACAUUGGGAGGCCAUUUAUAUCAAUAUUGAGCCGACGGGGUUGGGAGAUACGUGGUUCUUGGUGAAUCAGACAGAGCAAAGUGACCAUGAAACUACGGCAAAGGAGAGGGUGAAGAAAGAGGAGAAGGGAAGUGGCGCGCAGGCUUUCAUUCGACCGCUGGUAGAUGCUCGCUCGGGUGUUUUGAGAUCAAAGACUGGGCGCUUGUCAAUGAAGAAAAUGGAGGAGGCCAGGCAGUAUGAUCAAGUAUUCGGCGAGACCUGA